UUCACAGAAACCGAGGCCUCGUUUGUCAUUAGACACGUCAUUUUUCACGUUAACAACACAAGCUUAGAAUCGCGGCUUCAUCUGGUACACCCAUUUUUUCUUGACACAAGCUCCGACGCCUCGGUUUAAAUGUCACAUCACUAACUGCAGCGAUAUAGAGGAAGACAAACGUAUUUAGUUCGGCGGCGAAUAUGACGGAAACUCUCGGAUUUUACGAGAAACCCGCCGUUAUAGACGAGCACGAGCACUCAGACCUGGAUGACUCUGACGAGCCGUCUCUGUUGAGGUUCAUGUGUGCCGAGAUGACCAGGGGUUACUUCCUGGAGCACAACGAGGCCAAGUACACGGAGCGGAGGGAAAGGGUGUACACCUGCAUGAGGAUCCCCAGAGAGCUGGAGAGGCUGAUGAUCUUCGGGGUCUGCCUGUGUCUGGAUGCCUUUCUGUACGUGUUCACUCUGCUGCCCCUGAGAACUCUACUGGCCUUCCUGAGGGUGCUGACGAUACCCUGCUGCGGCCUCGGGUAACACACACACACACACACACAAAACUCAUUUAUCUUCAAAAAGAUAUACUGCCAAGUGCCAAUAAAAGAUUUUUUUAAUGGUUUUAAAGUAUUAUGCUCACCAAGGCUGCAUUUAUAUGAUCAAACAUAAAAGUUGUUGAUGCAUUGUGAAUAAUA